GUAUCGCUUUAUCCUCGUCCUGGCUGGGUUGAAUUAGAUCCUGAGGUGCUGUGGAGUCAGUUUGUUGGUGUAAUAAAAGAGGCUGUACAAGCUGCGGGACUUCACAUGAGGCAAAUUGCUGGUCUUGGCAUCUCAACGCAGAGAGCAACUUUCAUUACCUGGCACAAGAGGACAGGGGAACCUUUUCAUAAUUUCAUAAGUUGGCAAGACUUAAGAAGUGCUGAACUUGUGAAUGCCUGGAAUAAGUCUCUUCUGCUGAAGGUAAUCCAUGUUAUUUUUACAGUGCUUCAUUUCUUGACUGGAAGUGAUCGUUACUUGGCACCAAGUUUUCUUACUUUUUCAACACAGCACACUUCUAUGAAGUUAUCAUGGGUUUUUAAAAACAUACAUGAGGCUGAAGAAGCUGCCAAAACCAAUAACUGCUGCUUUGGAACAGUUGACACGUGGUUACUGUAUAGAUUGACUAAAGGUGCUGUGUAUGCUACAGAUUACUCAAAUGCCAGUGCUACAGGCAUUUUUGAACCCUUUACGAAGAGUUGGAACCCCACUUUGUGUCAUCUGCUUUCCAUUCCAACAUCUAUUUAUCCUCCAGUGAAAGAUACAAGCUUCAACUUUGGAUCAGCUGACUCUGAAAUAUUUGGGGUACCGAUUCCAAUAAUGGCAGUGGUAGCUGACCAGCAGUCAGCCAUGUUUGGAGAAUGCUGCUUUCACCCAGGAGAUGUUAAAUUGACGAUGGGAACAGGUGGUUUCUGGAAUGUGAAUACUGGAGAGCAUCUCUUUGCAUCUCGGGGAGUUCUGUAUCCACUGAUUGGUUGGAAGAUUGGGGAAGAAGUUGUUUACUUAACUGAAGGCUGUAUGUCAGACAUUGGCACUGCCAUCAAAUGGGCUCAGGAUAUAAAUCUUUUCACCAAUGUAGAUGAAACAGAAAAAAUGGCUCGGAGUAUUGUUGAUUCUCAAGGCGUUUGUUUUGUUCCAGGUUCUCAG